GUGUCAAACAGAAACCUUGUCAUCAAAAUUCCUUCACUGACACUCAGCAAAAGAUGGAUACAACCACAAAUCUUGUCAGUUCUUCAGAGUAUAUGCAAGAUCUAAAAAAUAGUUAUAAUCGUCCAGUAGAUUUUGAAAUGAAAGAAAUGAAAAAAACUAAAUGUAUGGAGGAAGCAAUAAAUGAAACAUCAAUGCUUAAAAGAUUUUUGUCAGUGUGCAAUAAUCACUACGCUGGAUGUAAAAGUGAUGGUGAUAAAGAAGAUAUUCAGUUUGAUAAGGUGAAAGUCAAUGAGAAUACAGCAGUGCUCCCUAAGGUAUUUGACUGUGAUGCAGAGAACCCUCUCAGUAGAGAAGUCCAAUCUGAAACAGUCUAUGUUCAACCACAGAUCAGGAACUUGAGAUUGAGACCUUUAUGUUCUAAGCUAAAUGAGGAGAUGGGUUUUUCACCUUUAGAGCUCAGUGGAAGUAGUAAGACAGAAAUAUUUUCUACUGAAGCACGCAACUUACAAAAUGAUCGAGCAAACAGGAAAGGUAAACGUCUUCGAGGGAACACAGACACUCAGACUAUUUUGUUUGCUAAGGAUAUUGCUGGGCACAGGUGGGAUGAAGACAUUGACUCUCUGUUAGCUUUUAUUAACUCUUCAGACCAGAAAUUAGAGGGAGUAGCAGUUGAAAGUAUCAACUCCUUAGAAAAUGUAGACUCAUUACCAAGAUCUUCAGUUCAUCAAGUUCGAGAUAGAAAAAAGUACAAAGUGUCAUCCAAAGAGGGUAAAAAUGGACCUAACUGUAAGCCUAAAACAAACUAUGAAAAGAGUAGUAAGGAUCACAGGAAUUGUGUCUUCUAGAGAUGAAGCUAAUGAGAACUUGUCAGAUUGUAUUGAUCAAAUACAGGAACAAAAGAGUCAGGAUGAAGCCUCAAGAAAACCUAAAACUUGUGGAACUUCAUUUGGUAACUUUAAUUUAGAAAGAAUACCAAAGUCUAAAAGUUUAGACAGUACUUCAUCAUUUUUUGCAGAGAGUAGUUUUGAGUGUGAACAACAAGACAGAAUAAAGACUUGUGUGACUGAUUCUAAUACAAUUAUCAAUAAUAGUAAUGAAUCAGAAGCAGUGCUUAUUCACAAUAAUAUUCCAUCUGGUUUUGUUAAAGAUUUUUAUUCAGUUACAGAAGUAGCUCAUGAUUAUGUGGAAGAGACAGAGUUCAGAGUUGUUAUGAAAAAGAAGAAACAUAAGAACAAGCAUUUACCUAAAAAAUCUUUUGACAUUUCUCGAAAGUAUAAUCACACAAGUGGAAUAAAAAAACAGUAUCCUGAUAAACUCACAGAACAAGCUUCUUGUAAUGAAUUGGUCUUAAAACUACCUAUUCAACCCAGAGGAAGACAAGAUGGCUCUCAUCAAAAGUCAUCCAGUAGUGUUCCUCCUUCAGAACAUUCUUCAUCAGAAAACUCUGAUCUUGACAGUGUACAUUCUCUGCCUGUAGGUGGUUCUGGUCCACUACCUACUUAUGUUUACCCUCACACAACACCUUCUUCCUCCUCUUCUACUCCACAGGCUUCUUAUGCAGACAUUGCACGUAUGUCAGUAAAUUCCUCUGAGCCAAAAUCAAGGCUUUACAGUAGCCUAACUGAUAGAGAUUUGAAAAGUGGGAUUUCUCUACCUCCUUUACAGAAAAAUUUUGGUUUGGAAUUUGGUGUAGAUUCUACACUUUUUGAGAAUGAUCAUUGUUUAAUCUCUAACAACCAACCUCAUACCAUUACAGAGGAAGAUUGUAUCUCUUCUGGUGUUGCUGGCAUUGCAUGCAGUAAAGGAAAUUUGCAUAGUAAAUAUUCAAAUUUGCACAAUUCUGUGAUCAGCCAAACAGAUCUAAUCAUGAAUAAUGGGAAUUCACAUGUAUUGGAAGGUAACCCUGACUUAAGCAAUCAAAUCACUACUGAAGAACCUAUAACACGUAUCUCUACAGGAGCCAAUGAAUUAGUAAUAUCCAAUGAACCAGAAACCUUGGAGAGUGGACAAGAAAAGGUGGCAGCAAUUGACCUAGGACAACAGACACAGAAUAGGUCAGAAUGCCCUCCUGUGAUUAUAUUGGACAACUAUAUCCCUAAAGAUUCUGUGUGUGAUAUAUCAUUUGGUUUUGAAGUAAAUGAACAGUUACUUUGUAUGACUCUUGGUAAUAAUUAUAGUAAAGUUAUGAAAAGAUUAAACUCUGAUCUCCAGAUACCUCCUACAGUGUUUACUGCAAUUCCUGGGAAUGUUGUGUCCAGCCUAUCUUUUUCUCCAGUUGUACCUCCGGACACUAAUGUGAACACUGAAUUAUGUGAAGACUUGAAACAUAGUCUUUUCAACAAAGUGGUUACUCGUUCGGGUCAUUUCAUGAAAUGGCAAGAACCCACAGUGGAUACAGACACAUUUAACUACAACCAAAUCGUUAACUUUUUUGGAUUGACUUGGAAAAAAGCACUAAAAGACUAUCAACAAGGUUCUGAGAACUCUACCAAGGCAAGCAAAGUGAGAUUUUAUACAGAACAGUAGGUCUUUGGAUGCAUGGGAGCAGAAAAUUUAGAGAAUGAAUAAUGAGAGAACUGGCACCAUUAGAAAACAAACUACAUGUGGCAGUAAAUAUUGGAUCUAAUGUAGUUUUAAAAAUGACUUAAAAGUAUAACACAUUUAUAAUCUUUGAAAUUUUAGAAUUUUCACUUAUCAAUUCUUUUGUUGCCAGAUAUUGAUUUCAUUGUAUACAAGACCCAACAGAUGACUGUCAAGAGUUUACGAAAAGUUAGUAUGAAAAAUGUACUGAGAUUAGACUCAAAGUCAUUUCACAUCUCUUGUUCCUAAAUGGUGACCACAGCAUGAUAUAUUUGAGUUCCAGUUUAUUUAUAUAAGUUUGAGAUAUAUUUCGUGUUUGCUAUGCUUAUGAAAAGUUGUUAAUUAAUAUUUUCUAAUAACAAACAUUUGUUGGAAAAAACUAUGUGACAGAAAUUUGAAGAAAGGCUUUAUUAUAAUAACAAUAUGAUGUCUAUCACAUUUCAACAGUAGUUGAAAGCCUGUGAUGUGUUUUUGUAAAUUAAAAAAAUUAUAGUGAUAAAGAAAGAAAUUAAUGAACACUUACAUUAUUGUGUAUUUCAGCACAAAUAUGCCUGUGAUUUUUGACACUGAAAUUCCUUCACUUUACAGUGAACUAUCAGGUUGUUGAAGAGUAACUAGACUCAUUUUAUCCUCAGCAAAUUUAUCUUCAUAUCGCUCCCAUGAACAUACUGAGUUAGAUUUUGUUAAUUACACCAUGAAAGCUACGAGCAAUGCCAGGAGUCAGCAGAUUAUAUUUAAUUCCAAUAGAUUCAUUUACUAUUAUUUUUUUAUUACAAGCUAUGAAGUCAGAUUUGUUGCACAGUUUAAUUUUCAGUUUUUGUCCAUGUACAUCUGAUAUUGGUUUAUUUAAUUUUUUCACUUUUCAAAAAAAUGUAUAAUAACACAUUUACGUAAAAAUUAUAUUUAACCCUUUAAGUAUGAGCCUGGCUCUUUUGCACACAUCCCAAUGUUUUACAGUUAUGUUCAAAAUUUAAUUAAACAACUUCAUUAUCAAUGUAUGACAUUAAAAUUAGUAUCAGAACAUAGUUUAUAAUUAAAAUUUCUGUAUUAUCAAAAUUUAAUUUUUUAAUAUCAAAAGAAAUUAUUUGAAUUCUCAAUCUUCACAGUGACAUGUGAGCACUCUCAGUUUCCCCGUUUAGUUCGUAUAACUUCUUUAAUGUUUAAGUAAUGUAAACACAAUCUGUAGAUAAUUCUUAUAUCAAAUGUACAGUUUCAGUGUCCUAACUUUUCUGUUUAGUGAUAUGUGAACAAAUUUUACCAACCCAUGACAGUGGUUCCGCCAUAUAUCCUUAAUUUUCAAAGCAGUUUUCAAAACUAUGUGUUCCUAUUUGAUGUACAUGUUUAUAACCACUAGAAAGAACUAAUUUUCUAUUUUGAGCUUGCAGCCAUCCUUUUGAAUUUGGCAAAUUUAGAGAAGUUGAUUGUAUGUGUGUUGUAAAUGAAGUUAUAGAAAAAAAAAUAGGGUUAGCUAGCUAGGCAUAUGAAUGCGGAGCUUGGUGCUUGCAGUAUGCCAGUCUACUAGAACUUUCUAAUGUCUUCCCACUGUGAUGAAUAAGCUGUACAUCAUACAAGCCAGGCAAUAAAACUAUUAAAUUAAAAUAAACUAUGUGAAAAGGUGAAUAGUUGAAAUUGUGAAUAUCUUAGAAAAGAAACAAUAUGCCAAAAAAGAAAUAUUCAACGAAAAUAGUAUUGUUCAUUUUAUUUCAAAAUUUCAUUUUGCUAUACACUGGUGAUAUAGUUAUGGUUGGUGUUAGGGUAGAGAAAAUGUUAGAUAAAAUAUAAACUUAUCUUAACAAAACUUUUUGAUAUUCAUUUAGGAUGUUCUGAAGGAUAAGCAAACAAAAUAUGAAAAGUAGUUUUUUUUUCUUAGUAUGAAAAUCUCCUUUCACUCAGACUCCAUAAAUUCUCAGACAAGUUAGUAAUGUUUACUAACAGCUUGCCAAGUUUAAUGAAUAUACACUUAGUAAAUCAGAGGUAUAGUGUGUAUGGCUUCAAGGUUUGUCAAAAUGACCAAGCCCAUAUACAGAGGGUUAAGGUAGAUAAUGUUUAUUGGGGGGCUCCAACUAUUUUGCUAGCUUUUAUGUUAUCACACUUUUAAUUCAAAAGGAAACAUGCUAAUUGUUAGUUAUUAUCCAUAUUCUUUCAACUUAAUUAAAUUAUAAAAUAAACUUCAGUCAACAUUACUUUUAUCAGUGAUUAUCAAAAAUAAAAUUAACAAGUUGCAGAAUUUCAUUCUAAUGGCUUUGUCGUCUCAGAUGCUUCAUUAUUAACAAUGUGUCUAGUUUUGCUGUAAAGUAUCAUGCACAUUAUUUUGUAACCCACACACACACACGCAUUUCAAUGGUGUGAAGAAAAUUUGAUGGUUGUGAUCUACAAGCAAUAUUUUCACAAAGUAUAUGCCAAUGUCAUUCUGUAGCAUUUUGAAUAACAUAAAAAAUAUACUUUCUGCUUUUUUUUUCUUGUUAAAAAUGGCACACUGCCCUCUUAACAUUAGUUUGGUAUUUGUGUAAAUUAUUCUUAAAAGCUUGAUUAUUAGUUUUAAAGAAGUCACUUUUUAUUAGAUUUUCAGAUGUUUUUGUCAUUAGAGAAAUGUUUGAGCUUAUUUAUUUAAAAUAUACAUAUUUUUCAAGAUAUUAAAAGUCCUCCUGUCAAAGUGCUAAUGUUUCAUCAAUUUUGUUAAUGGAAUUUUCAUUGUUUUCAAGAUUGACAAGUUACAUAAAGAAAACUGUUUAUCAAAUUUUAAGUGGGAUAUCAUGUCUAUUUUCUAGAGGGAAUAGUUUUUAUACAAGAGAGGAAUUUACAUGUACAUAUUUGUGGAAAAGAAGGAAAUUGCUUAUAUAUAUAUAUUUGUAAACAAUAAUAAUGCAAAUAACUCCUAGUGUGUAUCCUCAGGUUCUUUUAUCAAAUUAAAGGUUGUUUCAGAAUAUUUUUUACUUAAUUUACCACUAAAAAUUCAUGUAAUAACCAUGCAGUAAAUCUUCAAAAGCAAAGUGAUAUAUCGGUGUAGAAUUAAAUGCACUGACUACCUGCAGUGAUUUGAAUGUUAAUAAAACUAGGCUCUCAAUUAUAAGAAAAAUAUUUAACUGUUUAGGAUAAAAUUAUGUACAUAUUAACUCUGAUGGAAACUUGUGAGGAUUACAUACACAGAAUUUGUUAUUAGACUGCAAAAGUUGUGAUUUAUUUCCUCAAUUAAAUAUUUUAAGAA